AUGGGGGCGGCCGAGGAGGGCGGCGGCAGCAGCGGUGUGGCGGCGUCUUCCGCGGCAGGUGUCGGCGCGCCCCAGGUGGCUCGCGUGGCGGUGGUGCGCGUGGCAGGUGGCGGUGGUGCGUCGGCACCUUCUGCAUCAGGCGGCGGCAUGCCCCAGGUGGUGCGCGUGGCAGGCGGCAUCGUGCCCCAGGUGGUGCGCAUGGCAGGUGGCGGUGGUGUGUCGGCGCCUUCUGCAUCAGGCGGCGGCAUGCCCCAGGUGGUGUGCGUGGCAGGUGGCGGUGGUGUGGCGGCGCCUUCAGCGGCAGCGGCGUCUGGUGUGGUGGCGGCGUCUGUUGUGACAGCGUCUGUUGCGGCGGCGUCUGGUGUGGUGGCGUCUGUUGUGGCGGCAUCUGGAGUGGUGGCGUCGGCGGCGUCUGUUGCGGCGGCUGUUGCGGCGGCAUCCGGUGUAGUGGCGGCGGCGUCUGGUGUGGUGGUGUCUGUUUCGGCGGCGUCUGGGGAACCACUUUCGACCGAACCCGACCAAGGGGACCCGGCCGACGGGGGCCAGUCACUCCUCCCGGCGCACGCCCUCCCGGAGGACUCGAGCGACCGCGAGAGACAGCCAAGGACGCCACUCUGGAAGGUCAGGAACACCUCGCCGAUGGAGGACUGGAAGCGGACACCCCACAUGACCCCUUCUCAUCGAGCUGCCUCUCACUUCAUGUGCCGCAGUGCCACCUCCAGCUGUCUCCGCAGCAUCCGAGACGGUGUCCGCCAGAGCCAACACUUUACGCACGGUGGCACCGCCUCCUGGCCCACCUGCCCCCGCAGCGUCCGAGGUGGCGUCCUCCAGUGCCAGUACUUCACGUGCCGCGCCGCCUCCUCCCGGCCCAGCUACCCCGCAGCGUCCGAGGCGGCGUCCGCCCGCAUCAAGAUGCUGCGAGACACAGGACAUGAAGGUUGCCGGCUGUGCUAG